AUGCUGGUGCUGGCGCGCGUCUCCGCGCAGGCUGCAGCUGCCUGGCUGGAGCAGCUGCAGUGGAGGGGGCUGGAGGAGGCCAGGUGGCCCCUGCUGGAAUCCAGCCAGCCGCGAGGCAGGCUGAAGCGGCGGCUGGUGCAGCGCCGCUGGGGCGUGCGCCUCGACAGGUGUCAGCAGCCCAGGCAGGAUGGCGGCCAGCGUGGCUCGCCUGCAGCGCCUGUUCCCAGCACCCAGGUCAGGCACGCAAAGCGACGCAGCGACGUUGAGGAGCAGGCACCGGGGCAGGAGCAGCAAGGAGGGCAGCCAGGCAGCAAGCGACGGCGCUCCGCGCGGCUGCCACGCCAGCUCACCACCGCCGCAUCCCCUGGCGCGGGCGACGCCGGUGGCGCUGCCGCUGGCAGCGGUGUGGAAGCAGCUGCAGCGGCGGGGCAGGUGGAGCUGCCUGUGGUGCAAGGCGUUCCUGCGGGGCUGGUGCAGCAGCUGGCGCUGGUGCCGGGUGGCCGCCCCAACUGCGGCUGCUGCGCGGCGUGUGAAGCGGCUGCCGGCGUCCACGGCGGCGGCGGCAGGGGCUGCCAGGUGCUGGCGGCGUUGAAGUGCUGGGACGCGCUGCUGCCGGGGCUGUCACUGUCCGAGCUGCAGCAGCUGCGGCAGUCGCAGCACCGCUGCGGCCGGUGCCGCGCCUGCAUGCGGGAUGCGCAGGGCGGCGGCGGCGGCGGCAGGAAGCGCGGCGGCGGCGGCGGCUCCGCGGCCUGCCUGGCGCUGUCUUGGGUGCGCGUGAAGGCAGGCCAAGUGCAGCAGAAGCUGGAGCAGCUGCAGCAGGAGCGGGAGCAGUGGGGGGCGCAGCAGCGGCAGCAGGGGGAGGGGCCGGCCGGGGCUGGCGCCCCGGCUGCGGCAGCUGCGGGUGGCGCGGGCGGCGGCCCCGCCUUAUCAUCCAGCUCUUCAGACUCCGAGGGCAGCAACCGGUCCCGCCUGUGGCUGCGGGACCAGCGGCGGCGCCAGCCCGACAAGCAGUACCUACAGCCGCUGCCCACCCCCGACGGCAGCCUGCCGCUGCCGCUGGUGUUUGGCGUGCCCUACCGGCGCGUCAGCCAGCUGGCUGAGGGCUGGCGCGAGGGGGAGCCGCCCCGCUGCAGGGUGUGCCCCGGCUGCCAGCAGGAGGAGCGGGAGGAGGGCGAGGCAGGCGGCAGCCGCGCGCGCGGCGGCGCCCCGCGGUGUGCCGCCGCCGCAGCGCUGCAGGCCUGGGACAGGCAGCUGGGGCCUGUGACGGCGGCGGCGGCGGCGGCGCUGGUGGCGCUGCCGCCCGCGCAGCAGCUGCGGGCGCGGUGCGGCUGCUGCCGCCAGUGCAAGCAGCCGGAGGAGGCGGGGAGCAAGCGGCAGGCGUGUGCCACAGCGCGCCGGCUGCGGGCGGGCACCCUGCCGGGCCGGUUGAGGCCUGCCGGUGCGGAGCGGGGGGCCAGCCCUGCUGGGGAUGGGUCCGGCAGCGGCGCCGAGGAUGCCGGCAGCGGCAGCCCCUCCCUUGGCGACGACAGCCCAGGCAGCAGAAGCGAGGAGGGCAGCCAGGGUGGCAGCAGCCGGCUGAGCGGCAGCACCGGCAGGGGCAGCGCCAGCUGGCAGCCGAGCGGCAGCCGGGCCGGCAGCGGCGCGUACAGCAGCCAGGCGGGCAGCAGCGGCACCGGCAGCAGCUCGGACGCCGAGCCCGGCGCUGACGAGAGCGGCAGCAGCAGCAGCAGUAGCAGCGAGGGGAGCGAGGAGGAGGAUGCUCGCUGGCUGCCCUGGGUGUCCCACUUCUUGCCCACCCCCCAGCAGCAGCAGGCGGCCGCGGAACAGCGCAGCGGCGGCGGCGGCGAGGCGGCUGAGUUGGCAGCCGCGCGCCGGCUGCUGCGCCGCCGCCGCGAGCGCGAGCUGCGCCAGCGCACCGGCCGGGCGGACCCCCGGCGGGACGCGCCGUACCGCUGGGACGUGCACGGGCGCACGGUGUCGCAUGCUGCCGCCUCCCGACGCCUGCACCGCAUGCUGGCAGAGGCUCGGUGCCUGGCAGCGGAGAUGGGCGUGCCGCUGCCUGCGGUCACCGACUGGCGCUGCAUCGCGCAGGUGCCGGCGCCCCCGGCAGCCGCGGGCGGCGACGGCGGCGGCGGCGCGGGUGCGCCCGCCGCCGCCACGGCAGAGUGCGGCCACCGCCACUCGAUCAGGCGGCGGAAGCGCGGGUGGCACCUGUGGCAGUGCGCACGCUGCGGCGCACCCCGCUGGGACGGCCCCGGCUGGCAGCUGCAGCAGCGGCUGGCGGCCGCGCUGCAGGCCGGGGCAGCGCUGAGCACGGCCUUGCUGCCGGCCCGCGGCAGCGACGCGCCGGCGGCGGUGGCGGCGGCGGCUGCGCAGGCGGCCCUGGCACGCCUGCGUCGGGAGGCGGCAGCGGGGGCUGCUGCUGCCGGAGGCAGCGGCGGCGGCCGGGCCGGCGGCGGUGACAGCAGCGACGAUGAGGAGGCGGCGGUGGCUGCUGCCGCCGCGGCCGCGGGGCUGCCCAGCUUUGAGCAGGGGGACGAAUUUCGCAGCCUGGCUGAGAUGGCUGGAGACAUGCUGGCAGAGAGCAGGAGGGCGCUGGAUGGCGCGGCUGCGGCCGCCGACCAGCGGCAGCGCCUGACGGCCGAGCAGCGGCGGCGGUGCCGGGAGAUGCGGCGCAGCGGGCUGGGCAGGGCCGCAGCAGGGCUCGAGUCUUGCGCCAUGGCGCUGGUGGAGGAGCAGCAGGCGCUGCUGGCGCUGCGCAGGCGCGGGCAGCAGCAGCAGCGGCAGCAGCGGCAGCAGGCGCCUGCGCCGUGGCAGCUCCCGCCGGCGCCCUCCACCACGUCUCGCCCGGGCGCUGGUGGCGCCGCAGCUGCGGCGGGUGCAGGCGGGGAGCCAGGCGCCCGCCUUGAGCAGCCGCCGCCGCAGGCGGAGCGCGCCCAUCAGGGGCAGCGGCAGCCGCUGCCUGCCAUCAGCGAAGGCCAGGAGGAGCAGGGGGAGCAGCAGGAGGGGGCGGGCGGGCAGGAGGGGGAGGGCCGUGGCGCGGCGCCCGCCGGACGCCCGCUGGGCUACGAUGAAUUCAUGCAUCGCAUCGUGCCGCUGCUGGGCAGCUGGGGGUUUGCCACCGAUGCGGCCGGCAGCGAGGGGCGGCGGCAGCAGCGGCGCCUGCUGCGGAUCUGCGACCAGCUCUUCUUUGAGCCUCCCGGCGGCAAGGGCUGGGAUGAGGCGGCGCUGGCGCACCUGCGGCGGCAGCUGCAGCAGCAGCCAGGCGACCGGCGCCCGCAGCGCACGCCGCUGGCCGGCGCGGCGGCGGCGGCAGCUGAGCCCGCGGCAGGCGGGGCCGCAGCGCGGCUGAGGGACGCCUCGCUCCUUGCGGUCGCCCCAGCUGCCAACCCCACUGGUGCCGAAGGCGAGCAGGCACUUGCCGCCGCUGGCGGGCCAGCACCCACGCAACCGGGCUGCCCCGCUCAGCAGGCGCCGCACCCAGCUUCGCCGCCGGCGCCGGCCCCGCAGCAGCAGCAGCAGCAGCCGCAGUCGCCUAUGCAGCCCCUCGGCGCCUUUGACCUGCUGCUGCUGCAAUCCUCGCAGCAGAGCCAGGGCGCCCAACACUCGCUGCUCCCCAGCAGCCAGGUAGGCAGCCAGCCGCCGCUGCUCAUGAGCCAGGCCGGCGACAGCAUGGCCGCCCUGGCCUCGCAGCAGAAGGCCAGCCCCGCAGCGGCGGCAGCCGGCGCCGGCCUCCUGUUGGGCACGCAGGCCAGCCAGCCAGACCCGCAGCAGCAGCAGGCGCUGCAGCCCCAGCAGCAGGCGCGGCGCGAGGUGCUGGAGCACUGGCGCCAGCAGCAGGAGCGGCGGCAGCAGCAGGAGCAGCAGCAGCAGCAGCGCCAGCAGCAGCAGCAGGCGGUGCAGCUGCCUGUAGCGCCAGUGCAGGCCCCGGAUGAGGAGCAGCUGGGGCGGCACGCCAGGUGGCGGGGCCACCAGCUGGCGGGAGCCAGCGAGGCCACGUGCCACUAUGUCUGGCGCCUGCUGGAAAGCCUGCUUGGAGGCCUGGUGGAGCUUCAUGGCAGGCAGGAGCGCCAGGCGCGGCAGCCCAGGGCGCGGCGGCGGGGAGGCAGCGCCUCGGUCCGCCUGCCGCCGCCGCCUGCGUCCCGGAUGGCCGCCGCCGCCCACAGCGGCGUGCAGAGCGGCGACGAGCGGCAGGCUGCAGGGCCAGGCGCCGCCGUCGGCUGGCUGGCAUGGCACCCGGGCAUGGCAGCAACUGGCGGCGGCCACGAGGGCAGCGGCGAUGCGGCGGUGCGGCUGCAGCCCCCUGCGCCGCCUGCCCAGCGGGCCGCGCUGCUGCGCAGCAUCCCCAGGCAAGCGGUGCCUGCACGCGUGUUCAAGCCGCUCACAGAGUGCCAGCCGCGCCGCGCCCUGCCACACCGCACGCUUGCGGCGCUGCUGCCAGCCAACGACUUGCCCAGCGCCGCGGCGGGGCCCUUGCCGCCCACCCUGCGCGGCAGCCGCAAGCGCAGGCAGCGAGGCGCGGGUGGCGGCGAGGAGGAGGAGGCAGAGGGCUUGGCGGAGCUGCGGCGCCUGGUGGCGGCGCACCCGCAGCUGCUGCUGCUGCUGGAUCACCCCAAGCUGCAGCGGUGCGGCGCCUGCAGCACCUGCGCCGCCGCCGGGCAGCCGCAGGCGCGUGGCUCCAAGCCUCGCCAGCAAGGCGCGCGCACCUGCCUGCUGCACCAGCGCUUUGUGCGGCACUACCGCCUGAAGCGGGAGCGGCAGCAGCGGGAGGAGGAGGCGCAGCGGCGGGCGCAGGCGCGGCGGGCGGCGGGCGAGGCGGAGGCGGGUGGGGAGGAGGCGGCGGGAGCCCAACGAGGAGCCCGCGGGAGGCCUGGUGGCGGCGAUGGCAGCGCGGGGCAAGGCCUCAAGGUGCUGGCGGGUGUGCCUGAGGCAGCUGGCCUGCGGGCAGCGGCGAGCUACAGGCUGCUGCACCCCGGCUGGCGCCCGCCCUUCCUCACAGAGCCUCGCCUGGCGGCGCAGCAGCAGCAGAAGAUGCAGCGGCUGGCGAGCCUGCUAUGCGGGCCCCAGGGGGAGCAGCAGCAGCAGCAGCAGCAGCAGCAGCAGGAGGAGGAGGAGGAGGAAGAGGGCCGGAAGCCAGACUCGCAGCAGCAGCGUGUGCUGGCCAGCCUGGGCGCGCAGCCCGCGCCGGUUGCCUCCCAGCAAGAGCAGCCGGGCGAUGGUGGGGCGGGCGGGGCCCAGCAGCGCCGCCGCCCGCUGGUGCUGCCUUCGCCGGGGUCGGCCUUCCGGCGCGUGCCUGGGCGGCAGACGCCGGCAGCAGCUCCGGCGCUUCAUGAGGAGCAGCUGGGGCAGCGGCUGGGCCAGCUUCCUGCAGACAUGCAGCUGGCCUUCCGCGCAGGGCUGGCUGCCGGCCUGCCACCAGCGGCAGUGGCGGCGGCGCUGCGCCGCUACUGCAGCAUCACAGCGGCUGCUCCCGGCGUGAGCCCUGAGCCCGAGGGCCGUGCGGCCGCUGCCAGCCACAGCGGCGGCAGGGACGGCAGCGCUGGCCGCAACGGCAAGCGCCGCCGCGGCUCCCCUGGCAGCGGCGGCGGCGAGCCGGGCAGCGCAGGGGAUGAGGAUGAGGAGGAGGAGGAGGAGGCGGGCCGCCCCUCGGCCAUUAAGAAGAAGGGGAAGCAGCGGCACGGAUAG